AUGUCGGCAGCUCGUGAGCAACAGUACUGGCUUCCGGGCUUUGGUCUCUCUCGUCAUAUUGUUCUCGGGCACAUACAAUACUUCCUUGGCCCGAGUGCUUCAGCAAGGCCUUUCACAUACCAGGGACGUGAAGGCUAUUUGAUCAAUGGAAUGCCUCUAACGCGAGAGCAAAUAAACGACCUUGCUGUGAUGUCUAGAGAAUACGAACGGCAAGAAGCUGCCAGAAUGACCACCAAUGCAGGCUUGGAUAGCUCUUGUUCCGGACAAGCAACAGAGCCAUAUAUCAACGAACCUAUUCUGGUUCACCAGCGACCUCAGGCUCGCAGACACCCACGCCGCGUUGACACCCGUCGAGCUCGCUGA